CUCAUACCAUUUUUCCUGCUUUUUCCCUUCCAGGCUCCCUUACAUAGAUCGUACUAUUUACACAAAGAAUAAUAAUUUUGAAAAUUUAUAAAAACCCCAAUCAAGUAUGGAGAUAAGUGUUUACGAUAUCCACCACGUCGUCGCGAAGUUUUUGAACCUUAGGGAGCAUGUAUACAUCGCCUCUGAUUGGCUAGUCUUCUUUUGUAGUUUCCUGUGUUGCAAAUGUACUGAAUACUUGGUUGAAGGUAACCCCACUGAUGGGCUAAGCGAGGCGUCAAGCUUCGCGUACAAGAUAACUCCACGGAAAUUUGAAUUAGAUACUGCACGGUCGUCUGAAGAACUGUUCCAGACUGCAUCCUUGAGGAUAAGCUUUGACCAGCCUGUAGAACCAUGCAAAACGAGUGAUGACAGGUCAUGCUCUAAACUAUGUACUAUCGAAGGACGAAGGGAACUGGAUGGGAAGAUGGCUCCGGACAACAGCGGUGAACCAAUACUUACAAAGUUAACCGACAGUCUCAAUACCGAUAAAAACAUUACUCUGGUAGCCAGCAGUAGAAAAGAUGACUAUCCAAUAGUACAUAGCCAUAGAAGAGUAUCAAACCAACAUAAAGAGGUCGUAGAAUUUACCAAAUAAAGUCAAAAUAAUAUGUUUAUAAAGUAUUCUUUAUUGUUAGAAAAAAAUAAGACUAUAUUUUAAUCUGUCUAACUUGGGCUUUAUAAAUAAAAAUACGU